UGAUUAGUACCUUACCCCGGACUGUUUCAUUACGGUGACCGCGGGGUCACGUUACACGGUACGAGGCAUUCACCAUCUAAUUUCCCCCCUGACGUCAGUCAUCACCACCGUAGGUGAAACCCAAAAAUCGGCUUCCAGUCUGCUACACACAUGUCCCCUUCACGUUGCUCUUGCUCACGCGACCCCUCUCUUUACUUUCACUGGCCCUUCUCUCCUCAUUGCUGGGUUUAAAUCCCUUCUUCCUCUGUUGGAGCGCCAAGCAACUCGAGACUCGCCCAUGUCGCUCCUCUUCGCUCUGACUGACUCUUGUUAUGGCCAGUUUUCAUCACACCUUGCUACGCGCCGUCCUUCCAAAGUCUAGCGCAUUCGAUUCGCGGUCGCGAUCCCUCGUCUGAGACACUAUGGCCGCAUCAUCCAGCAAACCUGCGUCGCAGACGCCCAAGCCUGUCACUUCGUCCACUCCGGCUGGUAACGUGUCUGCCAGGCUCGAGAAAACCCACCCUGGAGUUCGUCGGUCUACGCCUGACUCGGAGGCGCUGGCUUCCUCGGAUGACGAUGGAGACCACACCCUGCAGAACGCCGCCUCUACCAGUGUACCGGCACCGAAACCCGCUCGUCGUACAUCCUGGCUCAACGAAGUCCCUACUGCCGUCCCUCGAAAGGCCUCCUUGACUACUGUAGGUCCCUUGUCCUCUGGCGCCUCCAACCCCAGCAGCCCUGCUACUGACCAGUCCGGAUGGCCGACGAACACGAGUCCCAGCAUUGGUAGCUCUAUCGCCUGGAACAAUGUCGGAAACAGUUCCUUUCCCUGGGGCACUGGUAUCUGGAAUACCGAGUCCCGGAAAGAGCCUCCACCGCGACUUUCAGAAAUCGUCCCAUCCCCGACUAUGUCGAACCCUUCGACGGCGGGAAACUACUUUGCAGAGGAAAUACUGAGCCCCACGGCCCGUACGGCUUCUGGCGACUCAGCCAUUCCAUUUUCGAUUCCACUGCACCCAACCCCUAAAACAUACCGUUCGCAGUCAUACUCAGUUGGCCAGCUAGAUCCCGAGGUCUUGAGCUUCAUGGCGAACAAGUCAUCGGCUCCCUAUGCUGGCGGACGCCCCCGUAAUGGUGGUCAAUACUCUGCUUUGCAGCACCGUUCGUCUCGGCCUAGCCUUCUUGGUGAGCUGGGCCAUGAUCCCGCUACACUCGGACGUGUGCGCGAGGACGAGGAUGAUGACGACGAGGACGCUGGCAGCCCCGAUGGUUCUGAUGGUAGCUUGAGUAACUAUGCUGCUAACCAAGCCCGCACCAUUGAACAGCUUGCUAGAGAGAAUCGCCUUCUACGCCAAGCAGCGGGCCAGAUAGACAACACUAUGAGAGACCGUGCCAUGUCGUCUGCAUCUGCGGCUAGUGGAUAUGCAAUCGGAAGCGGUCUUCACAACCUGCACCGCAUCCAUGGAAGUGUUCCAGAAGAGACGGACCUAGCGGUGGAAGACCUUGAUGAGGUUGGCGACAUCCCUGGUUACAAUAAUAUCCACAGCAGCGCCCGGAGGCGACUUUCAGAGCAUUCAGCAAAUCUGGAGCAGCAGUUGUCUCCGUUCACUUCAUUGGAGAACCGUGCCCUGGAAAACGUCCGGAAAGGCCACUGGCAGACCUCACUUGGCUUCGGCGGCAUUUCGGAUAUCCCUCAGAGCCGUCGACACUCCUUCGCGGACAUUCCCAUCCGGCAUGCUUCUGUCUCAAGCGAGUCGCAAGCAGCUGCUAAUUCUAGAGCUCGGAUGGGCGAUAGGGAAGAGGACUAUGCGAGCAUCGCUGAUGGCCCCCUUUCUAGUAUUCAAGGCCAGAAUCGUGAGUACCCACGCUUUCAUGUGACUCCGGAGCAUGAAAUGGAGACGGAAUAUUUACGAGCUCGUCGAUUUGCAGAAGCCUAUUUUGCUCGCGAUCCAGCUCUCCGCGCGACCGAUGGCCAUUCCCCGGUGGCUACAUCCCUACACCAAGCGUACACGAUGCCGAACGCCUACGGCCGCCACCAGCCAGGUCUCGCGCAUCCACACCAGAACCAGCUUUUGUAUAUUGUCACGUUCAAAUGUCACCGAGCGGAUGUUUUUUACAUCCAGGAAGACACUGGGUUGCAGGUGAAGCCGGGUGACCUGGUCAUUGUUGAAGCGGACCGUGGCACGGACCUUGGCACUAUCCAGCAUGCCAAUGUGACCAUGCAAAAGGCCCGUGAGCUAAAGCAGCAAUAUGCCGAGGAGCAUUAUAAGUGGUUGAUGAUGUUUUCCAGACAAGGGCAGAAUGGAGCGGCUAAUGUAGUCAAUGCUUCCGGGAAUGUGCCGGGCCUGAACAACAGAAGCGCCAUCGGUGGUAUGGGUCCACAUGGCCCGCAUGGGAUGCAGGACUCUGCUGCAGACAUCAAGCCCAAAUUGAUCAAGAGAGUUGCUCAGCAUCACGAGGUAAUGGCCUUGCGCGACAAGGAAGGAAACGAAGCCAAGGCCAAACGGGUGUGUAUGCAGAAGGUUGCAGAGCAUCGGCUCAACAUGGAGAUACUCGAUGCGGAGUUCCAGAUGGACUGGAAAAAGCUCACUUUCUAUUACUUUGCGGAUUCCUACAUCAAUUUCAACUCACUAGUGACCGAUCUUUUCAAAAUCUACAAGACCAGGAUCUGGAUGUCAGCCAUCAACCCAGCAUCAUUUGUCACGCCCCCGAGUGCGGGUCUGCCCGCCCCGAACCCUCUGAGUUAUAGCCAUGAGGCGCAGGCAGAUCGCCCCCUAGACAACAGGGUUUACGGUCAUACUCGAGAGGGUAUGGAGGCUGGACGAGAUACUACCGCCAACCAGAUCAGAGUAUUGCGCAACGCCUAUGCCGACUCCUACCAGCCCUUUAGCCAACCCGCUCGACAGUCGGAGCCUGGCCUCGGUGGACUUAGCUCCGCGGACCCCUUCUCUCCAUACUCGCCGAACGGCUAUGGACCUCUUGACUCGGGAUACGUGGAUUAUGCUGCAGGCCCUGGCACAAGCGGUGGUCCCUCCCGCAUCCACCCUGCUCCGAACGAAUGGAUGAACCGUUUCCAGGGGUUGUCACUUAACUCUUGAGAAUUGCCCUGUGAAUUCCUUUGUACAAAUUGAUGCGUUGUUGCUGUACAUCGCGGACAGCUCCUUUUCUUUCCUUCUCCCCCGGUCUUUACACCCCUGUCCGAGUAUUUCCCGCCUUAAGACUACACUCACUCUGUUCCCGGCUUCAAGUUUAUACUUGUAUCCAAGUUUAUUUUACCGCUGCUGCCUUUUAUUUUUACCUCUGCCCUUCUUUUCAUCUACAUCUCUCCUUCCUAAUGUGUUUCCUACAUAAGAUUAGAAAUCAUGUGCAACGGAUCGAAAAGAAAGACUUAUGACCUGUCGUUAUUGCUGAUACCUAAUAAUAGACUCAGCUUUCGUGGUCUGGUGGCUUGAAUAAGCUUAUCUCUCGGAUAUGCGAUCGAGGAACCAGAUCUAUCUGAACUCAAUGAAUUUUUUUCUUCGUG